GUUCAGCAGCGCGUUUUCAGUCGCUACGUGAAACUCGCCGCACACACAACGGAAACGCGCGCAAACCGAAUUGAAAUCGCGUCAAAACUUUCUGAAGAUAUAUCCAAUUAUAUAUCUGUACCUACAGAUAUCAUACGAGCACUAAUCAAUUGCAAGGCCAUAAAGAGUCGAUUGGUUCCAAACACCCACUGGGACCAUCCCAUUCAGCAAAAGUAGAAAGUUUGAUAUCGUCUGUAAUCCGCAUCUUAAUUUGCCAAAAUGGCAAAACCUCUAUUGAACUCCUGCUGCCUGUGUCAGUCGACGCGGAAUGGCUCCUUUAUCUCCGGCAUCCUGGCCAUUGUCCUAUCCAUCAUCACCAUUGUGGUGAUCUUCACAACGAGAGUGCAUUUCCAGACGAUCGUAUUUGACUUUAUACCCAAUGACAUUGUCAAGAUAAUACUUGUCAUCAACCUGUGCAUGACCAUAUUUAUAUCGCUGCUAAUGAUCGCAGGCGCCCUCAAGCGCAACCACUACCUGAUGGUGCCCUGGGUGGUGCUUGGGAUCAUGAUAGCCAUUGGACUGCUGAUCUCAGUCAUCUACACGGCCGUCGUCUUCUUCAUUGAUGGCUAUGUGUUGACGGGUGUUCUCUGGCUGAUAUUUGGCUUAAUUUGUUGCGCGGUCCUUACCUAUUGCUGGUGCGUCGUCUACAGCGAAUAUGUUAAUCUCUCCGAGGAGAACGAGCGUGGACGAUACAACAAGCAGCCAUACCGCCGCUAAGGA